UGGACCUCCAGCUAUUGCUGAACUACAAAGUGUGGUUUAUUUCUGUUCAUUCCACUUCUCUUUUUAACAUAAAUUAAGGGAACAGUAGAGCCUGGGACGACUCCUCUUGUUGGACAAAGGGACAGAUUGUACCCAAACCUGCACAAUGGGGACCACUGUGAAGUCCAGGCAACCGUUCAUUGUAAUGCAAGAUUUUAUAGCUGGCAGACACAAAAUAAUCGCUGGUUCCAUGGGUGAGUUUCUGGAUGGGGAUCAAACCCGUGGUCGUAUUCUGGACCUCCCUGCUCAACCUGAAGUUCCACUGAAGAAGAACCCAUUAAAGAUGCUGGGGAAGAGAGAUUCAAGCUUUCUGUAUGCCAUUGGUUUACCAGUGCGGCGCCUUAAUCUACUGGCCAAUGCAAAGUUGUUUCAGUCUGUGUGCAACUUGCAGAUCAGUGAUGUUGUGAGAGUCCGGUGCCAGGGAUUUGCCGCUGUGGGUGUGACCACUGGCUUUUGGGAGCAAUCUAACAGGUCGGAACUGAGCGACUUUACUAAGCUGCUGAUUGAAGUGGAAUUGCUGGUUGGGGAAUACAGUGGUGAAGAACCAAACAUGUUAAAGGUCAACGCAGGGGAAAUCCUAUCUGUCAGUUCCAACAUACAGUUCCAGCCAUAUUCUAGUGACAUAAAGCCCAGCUUUAGUUCUGAAGAUAUUGAUUUAAAGGACAUCCCACCCAUUCGUGAAUGUGAUGUUCUAGAGAAGAUGGUUGGCCAGAGAAGAGGAAUUCAAGGACAUCACAACUCUUGCUAUUUGGACACGACCCUCUUUAGCAUUUUUACCUUUUCCUCCAUUCUGGAUCAUAUCCUACAUUCUGCAGAUGUUUGUGAUGCUCAGGUGCAGCGCAUCCUGAGGCAGGAUAUUGUUAACCCACUUAGAAGGAAUGGUUUUGUUCAAGCUGACAAUGUUAUGAAACUCAGGAAGUUACUUCGAUGUGAAACCUUUGUCACUGAAGAGAAAGAUCCAGAGGAAUUCCUUAACGCCUUAUUACAUGAGGUUCUAGCCGUGGAUCCACUGCUGAAAAUCAGAUGCAAUAACAAGACCCACGAGUGUAACUGCUAUCAAAUCAUUGUGGAGAGCGACAGUGCCCUGAAAGUGCCUACUGUGCAGACCUUGAUGGAAAGAUCGUUUCAAUCCUGCGGGGACCUGAAGUUUGACCAGGUUCCUUCCUGCCUCAUUCUGCAGAUGCCACGGUUUGGGAAGACAUUCAAAACGUUCCCUUUUAUUUUCCCCUCCAUGGACCUAGACAUCACUAAAAUGCUCUAUCAAAGAAGCCAAGUUUGCUGUAAAUGUCAGGAGCCAGCAGAUUACAGGUGUUCUCAGUGCUUUGCAGACCCUCUAACAACAGAUGGACAAAUCUGCCAGUACUGCCAUCUGUGUGAGACACAGAUUCACAAGCAACUAAAGGAUCACCACCCGAGAAGGCUGGAUGUACAAAAUAUAAGCUUUGCUUCAGCUGUAAGGCUAGAGCUGUUGGCGGUUCUAUGCAUCAGAACAAGCCAUUUCAUAUCUUUUGUUAAAUACGGAUCUGGGAAGAAUUCAUGGGUGUUCUUUGACAGUAUGGCUAGCAGAAUAGACGCAGGCAGUGGUGAAAAUAUUCCAGUGGUCCGAGCCUGCCCACAGAUAGGGAAUUAUUUGGGCAUGACAGAGGAAGAGUUCGCCAGUGUGGAUCUAACAAAAAUGGACGACUUGAGUAAACGCUUCUUUUUUGACGUCUACAUGUGCAUCUAUCAGUUUUCAGAGCCCAGCACGUAAAAAAGCUGAUGGACAGCACAAUACUAGGAACUGUAGUAAACCAGCAGGUGUGAAUCACUAAUGUAAAGGGAAAAUAAACCUUUUUUUAAGUUAUGAAGACUACAUCAUAUAAAAGAAUAUUAAAAAAAAACAU